AUGGAAGAAGAAAGCAGCACCAGAACACAAGGAUGUAUCAUGAAUUCUCCUGCACCGGCUCCGGCAUCGUCUUACCGGGGGGUUCGGAAGCGAAAAUGGGGCAAAUGGGUGUCGGAAAUCCGUGAGCCUGGUAAGAAGACUCGGGUAUGGUUGGGAAGCUACGAGGAGCCUGAAAUGGCGGCGGCUGCUUAUGAUGUUGCGGCCUCACACUUCCGAGGGCGGUCGGCUCGGCUUAACUUUCCUGAGUUCGGCGGUGUGUUUCCGCGGCCAGCGAGCUCACGAGCAGAGGACGUCCGGUUUGCAGCUCAACAAGCAGCAUUGAUGAUGAGGAGACCGUUGGGAUGUCAAUCAUCAAGAAGGGAGGCCGAGGGCGGCGGCAGCGGCGGCCUAGCUCCGGCGACCACGGUGGGGCUGUCGGAAAGUCAGAUUCAGGCAAUCAAUGAGUGGCCAUUGGAUUCACCAAAGAUGUGGAUGCAAAUGGCUGAAGCUCUCAUGUCUGCUGGGUUUGAUGAGUCUAUGGCAUUAUAUAAUAAUUACGAUGAGGAUGGCUUAUUGGAAUUAACAAGCUGGGAAGAAAUCGAGGAUGAUUCUAUAUGGGAUUUCUAA